CCGGCCCCCCUUCAGCAGCGGGAGGCGGGUCCGGGGGGAGAACCGCGCCCGGCCGGGGCCGGCGGCUGGCGGCAGCCGCACGCAGCCACCGCGGGGCGGGCCUGCGAGUGUGGCGCGGGGCUGGGCUGGGCUGGGCCGGGCCGGGCUGGGCCGCUCCGCCGGCUGUCUCUGAGGCUUGGGGGAUGGACGAGGGUCCCUGCAGCGGCCAGCGGCGACGGGCAGCUCAGAUUGCAGUCUCUCUCUAAUUAUCAGGAAGGCUUUGAAUCGUCUUCAGCAAGACGGACAUUGAAUGUUUAGCAUCAACACUUUGGAUUUUUGAAUGUGAAUUGGAACCACUCUAUUUCUAGGUUUGCUGGGAUGGGUAAUCUUCUUAAGGUCCUUACCAGGGAAAUUGAAAACUAUCCACAUUUUUUCCUGGAUUUUGAAAGAACCAAAUGGGAAAUCUUUUAAAAGUUCUCACUUGCACAGAGCUUGAUCAGGGGCCAAAUUUUUUCCUUGACUUUGAAAAUGCGCAGCCCACAGAUGGAGAAAGGGAAGUAUGGAAUCAGAUCAGUGCAGUGUUACAGGACUCAGAAAGUAUGCUUGCAGAUCUUCAGGCUUACAAAGGAGCUGGACAAGAAAUUAGAGAUGCAAUACAAAACCCCAAUGAUAUCCAGUUGCAAGAAAAAGCAUGGAAUUCAGUAUGUCCUCUGGUUGUAAGGCUGAAGCGUUUUUAUGAAUUUUCACUCAGAUUAGAAAAAGCCCUGCAAAGCUUAUUGGAAUCCUUGACUUGCCCACCUUAUACUCCAACUCAACACCUGGAAAGGGAACAGGCUCUGGCUAAAGAGUUUGCGGAAAUCUUACAUUUUACUCUUCGUUUUGAUGAACUUAAGAUGAGAAACCCAGCAAUUCAGAAUGACUUCAGUUAUUAUAGGCGGACAAUAAGUCGUAACAGAAUAAACAACAUGCAUCUAGACAUUGAGAAUGAAGUAAACAAUGAAAUGGCCAAUAGGAUGUCCCUGUUUUAUGCUGAAGCCACACCAAUGCUGAAAACACUCAGUAAUGCAACUACACACUUUGUAUCAGAAAACAAAACAUUGCCAAUUGAAAAUACAACGGACUGUCUAAGUACUAUGGCUAGUGUAUGUAAAGUCAUGUUGGAAACACCUGAGUACAGGAGUAGAUUCACCAGUGAAGAGACUCUUAUGUUCUGCAUGCGUGUAAUGGUGGGAGUUAUUAUUCUGUAUGAUCAUGUUCAUCCCGUGGGAGCUUUCUCAAAGACAUCAAAGAUUGAUAUGAAGGGAUGCAUAAAAGUUUUAAAGGAACAACCACCUGACACUGUGGAAGGACUUCUGAAUGCUCUCAGGUUCACUACAAAACACCUGAAUGAUGAAUCUACUUCAAAACAAAUCCGAGCUAUGCUGCAGUAGUACCCUGAGACAAGUAGAUGUUUGUAUUGACCACAGAAGAUGUGUAUGUUUACAUAAUUUAAUACAGUUGGUGUUAAUACUUGUGUGUAUUUACAUAACCGUUUUCUUCGCACUGCUAAAAUAUAUGAAUCUGUAGUCAUAACCUGACUGACUUUAUAUAGUGCAGCCUAAGUUUUUAUGCUAGCCUUUAUCUUUUGACUUUUAAAAUACCUUUUUUACUUAGAUACUUUAGCUACAACAGUUUAUCUGUGUAUUUUAAUCCUUAAAUGCCUUCUCUUCCAGAAAAGUAGGUAGUAAUGAAGACAAAAUGGAAAUCAGAUAAACUGGAAUAUCAGAGAUGCCCUAGAAAAAGGAACUUUAAAGGAGAAAUUUAAUAAAAGAAAAAAUAAAAUUGUAUGAAUAGAAUACCUGAACGUUCAUUAUCCUCUUUAAAUAUGUUGUCUUUCCUGUAAUGAGUGGACAUCCAAUUUUAAGGAUUAUUUGCUGGCUGACAUCCAAAAGUUCAUUGCAAAAGAGGUCAUCUUACCUCUAAUAAAUAUAGCCUAUACCAUUCCACCAUUGAGGAAAUUAAUACCUGUUUUCAGAUUCAAUAUAAACAUGAAGUUUGUUUCAAGACUAUUACUAGAUUUUGAAAAUUCUGUGUAAUUUUAUUAGAUUUAGAAAAGUAAGGGAAAAUGCUAAUGCCUUGACUUGAGAAGAAAGAGUUUGUCAGUGUAAAUAUAUCAUGGUGAACAUUAUCUGUUAGAGACAGCUCUUCCUGGUAAGUAACUUUUUUGCUGAUACAAAACUGUAUAAAACAGAACGCUUUUCUGUAGCAGUAAAAUUCCCUAGUGUCAAAUUGCCCACAUAAGACUAGGGAUGAAAUAAAGGAGUUUCAAGACCUGAGCUGUUCUUAGGCACUCCAUCAAUUUCCUGGAUAGUAAUAUUCAUCAGCUGAUUCAGAAUCCACACAGAGGUAUGUUUCAGCUGACUGCUCUUCAUGGUUUUUCUAGAUGUGAUUGAUGCUUCAAGGACUGGAGUUCCUUGCUGAGUUGUUUGUUCUUUCUUUCUAGUAAUUUUUCCAGUAAAUGGAAUAGACAUAUUUUGCCAAAAGCAGCAAAAUGUUCAUGCUCUGUUAAGUGUCUUUUCUGAGUGAUCUGCAGUUGCUGUACAUAUUCUUGCAAAGGUCACGUUGUGAAAAUGUGUUCAAUUGUGUACUUUGCUUGCAUGUAUGUAUGAAAACUCCAGUGCUUGUGCACAGAUUCAGAUUUGUAUUUGUUUAUUCUUGUGUACAUCAAUCAGGGUUUGUGUGCUGUCACUGGAAUUUUCAUGCAUUUCACUUCUGAAACAUUACCCAUAAGACUUUGAAGAUGCAUUUGGUCUGCUAAAACUCUGCUUCACUGUUACAAAUUUAGUCAUUGAAUUUGGUCCUUAAAAGGUAUUACUCUCAUAAGUUCUUUGGAAUAGGAAUUGCCUUCGAGUUUAUUUCUGAGCAGAACUGCCACUAUCAGGUUUCUUAAAUCUUAUGAGAACCCACAGAAGCUAGUGUUAAACAUGCGAUGUUACAAGAUACCACUGCAACUGUAGAGUUGAUUUCAGAUAUCUGCAGUUGUAGCAGAUCACUAUGUUGUUGUCAGGAACAGAAUUAGAAAUUGCUAGUUGUUUCUUUUUCUGGAAGCAGUGAUCACACUGCUAUUUUAUAGUAGUAUAUCCACUGUUUACAAACUCCAUUUUUAAUGGAGGGACAUUUACAAAUGUAUAUUAGGGAAAAUCCCGUUUUGUUCAUAGCCACUUUCAGUUAGAUAAAUUUAGGUGGAUUAAAGAUCAUUCUGUUGAGUUUUGGUAACUACAGUUAAUAGAUGCUUACCUGCAAUUAUUUGUCAAACAAUGAAGUCUUUAAGUAGCCUGGAGGAAAGCUAUUUGUCACUUGUAUAAUAAAAAUGUAAACUUUAAAGCAUUCUGUGAGUUGUCAUGUGCUGUUUGCUGAAGCCACUGAAUUUCUUUGCCUGCUGUGAUGUUUUUGUACAGAAGUUUGUUUGAAAUAAUAAAAAGUUUGGUACAGUAA